AUGGAGGCGGGUAUAGAAAACACCGGGAAAUAUGGAAAUGGUCUGAGUAGGUUGAGUAGCCGGAGCGAGGAUCAGAUAUUGGAAGGGUCCAAUUUGAAGAGAUUCAAAUUUGAGGAGCUAAAGAAGGCCACGAAGAACUUCAGUAUGGACACUGUGUUGGGAGAGGGUGGAUUUGGGUUAGUCUUCAAAGGGUGGCUUCAUGAGCAUGCUCUUACACCGGUGAGGCCCGGAACUGGAUUGGCCAUCGCCGUGAAGAAGCUUAAAGAAGAUGGUGUCCAGGGUCAAAAGGAAUGGUUGGCAGAAAUCAACUAUCUAGGACAAUUAACCCACCCUAAUCUUGUGAAAUUAGUCGGUUUCUGUUCAGAGGACGACCACCGGCUCCUGGUAUACGAGUGCAUGCCCAAGGGCAGCAUGGAAAGCCACUUAUUCCGCAGAGGGUCUUACUUGCACCCCUUGCCGUGGACCACCCGCAUGAAGGUCUGUCUGGGUGCAGCCAGGGCAUUGGCCUUCCUGCACGAUGGACAGACCAAGGUUAUAUACAGGGACUUCAAGACUUCCAACAUACUUCUCGAUUCAGAAUACAACGCGAAGCUUUCGGAUUUCGGGCUGGCCUUGGGCUGGAAUGUGGAUGACUGCAGCCAUGUUUCUACCUGUAAGGUCAUGGGAACCUAUGGAUAUGCUGCUCCCGAAUAUCUCUUAAAAGACAGGCGGUUGGAAGGCCGAUUCUCUCUCCGGCAGGCUCAGAAGGUGGCUUCCCUCGCAUUCGAGUGCCUAAAUGAGGAUCCAAGGCAGAGGCCUAGCAUGCACAGGGUGGUCACGGCUCUGGAGCAGAUUCAGCAAUUGAAAAACUAG